CUCUCGUCGAAAUACUUCAAAAUCAGUGAAAAAUGGGGGAUGAAAACCAAGUUUCAAUGACAACAACAAAGGUGGAACAACCGUCCCGGCUUGUCUUCAAAAAUUGCUGUUUUUGUAUUCCCCUGAAGACCGGAUGCCUUAUACUCGGCUAUUUUUAUUUGAUCAGCAGCAUCGUGGUAUUACUUAUGACAGGCUUCGGACUAUCUUUCAUUGUUACAAUGUUACAUCACGUUGCUGACGCAAUAAAACCAUUAAUGAUAACACUUGUUGUACUAGGAUCGAUAAUACUAGUAUUAAUACUGAUUGCAUUACCGUUUAACAUACUCCUCCUCAUUGGAUUACAUAAGGAGAAGAAAAACUACAUCAAAAUCUACCUCAUUUUUCAGUUGGUCUUCACAAUUUUAUCUAUACUUUUACGAAUUACCGGAGUGAUUUUAUCCAUGGGCGGAUAUCUUACCGGGGCUUUAACAACCUUGGUCUAUGCUGUUAUAAACAUCUAUUACCUUAUUGUGAUAAGAAGCUAUUAUUUGAAGAUGUCUAAGGGCGCGAAAAACGUGCCAGCCCAGCUGUACCAAGAUGGCUGCGUGGUUAUCGCGACAACAGUCUAAGUUCCCUCGAACACAGUAAAUAUAUUAAAGCAGUAUGGAAACUACAAAUAAACGUGCGAUGUGCGAAUGCGCUUUCGUUUUGGGCGCCCCUAAACCCUCGUUACACUCAGUAUUCUAAAUGCAAAACCCUCGCUGCGCUCGGGAGCUAGUCUAAAAUCCCGUUUUGCUUGAGAUUUAUAUUAGCGCCUAGUUUCUAUACUGCUUUGUCUGCUUUAGCUUAUAUAUUUACUGUGCUUCUAAUCGAUUUGCGAAGACGGCCGAUUGCCACAGUUUGCAGCGACCCAGCUUUCUGAGUGUCCCCAA